AGAUCUUGGACCGUGCGCCAGUCGUUCCUCCUGCCGGUCACAUCUCGCCGUCUCUUCUGCCCGUGUCCCCUCGCCGGCCCCGCCAUGCUGUCUCUAGAUUUUUUGGACGAUGUGCGGCGGAUGAACAAGCGGCAGCUACUGUCUUGAGGUGGAGUCAAGAUGGUGGUGUGGGAAGAUGUGGAGUUAGCAUCUCCCUACAACUAGGGUGCCUGCCAGCUGCUGGUGGGGGACUCUGAUGCCCAAGGAGACGGAAGGAACCCCAAAGCGAACCGUUUUGUCUAUACUUUAAAAAAUAAGAAAAAUUGAAAGGUAUCACCCGCACCCCCAAGGAAAAAAAAAAGCUCUAUUAUCAAGUCCUAAAUUUUGGAAUGAUUGUCUCCUCGGCACUAAUGAUCUGGAAGGGGUUAAUGGUCAUAACUGGAAGUGAAAGUCCAAUUGUAGUGGUGCUCAGUGGCAGCAUGGAACCUGCAUUUCAUAGAGGAGAUCUUCUCUUUCUAACAAAUCGAGUUGAAGAUCCCAUACGAGUGGGAGAAAUUGUUGUUUUUAGGAUAGAAGGAAGAGAGAUUCCUAUAGUUCACCGAGUCUUGAAGAUUCAUGAAAAGCAAAAUGGACAUAUCAAGUUUUUGACCAAAGGAGAUAAUAAUGCGGUUGAUGACCGAGGCCUCUAUAAACAAGGACAACAUUGGCUAGAGAAAAAAGAUGUCGUGGGGAGAGCGAGGGGAUUCGUUCCUUACAUUGGGAUUGUGACGAUCCUCAUGAAUGACUAUCCUAAAUUUAAGUAUGCAGUACUGUUUUUGCUGGGUUUAUUUGUGCUGGUCCAUCGUGAGUAAGAAGUCUGCCUUGCUGUUCCUGGAAGAUGCUGUACUUUUUGUUCCUGAAUGUUUGGAGUAGAUAUCAAUCUGUGGUUGGUGGAAUGGAGAACACAUGUUGGCGCUUCUUGGUAGCACUGGUUUGCAUUAGUUUAUGUUUCCACACCAGAGUACGUGUGGGCGGGUGCAUGUGCACCACAGCGUGCACUCGAGGGGACUUUUAAUCACAGAAUUUCAUAAGUUGUCAUUGUCAUACUUUCGCAUUUUUGUACAUCAGUGAAUUUUUUAUAUUAAAAGAUUGAGCCAAAGCCCCCAGUGUUUGUAUUUUGAAGCCAAGCUUCACUUCUAAAGUGCCUACAGAGUUCUGUAAAUGAAAAUGCAGCUCUGCACGAGUUUGAAACUGUCAUUCCUCCUUAUAAUGGGAAUGGCAUAUACUGAGGUGGUCGUCGUCUUAACUUUUCAAAAUUUUAAAUAAAAGACUUUGCAUAUCGAAA